AUGGACGUCAAGGCGGCCCCCAACGGGGUGGCCACCAUCGAAGACCGCAUCCUGCGGAUCACCGGCUACUAUGGCUAUUACCCCGGUUACUCCAGCCAGAAAAGUACCUCCAGAUCAUCAGUCACCAGAUGUAAGCCAGGAGCCAACUGCCCCAGCUCACAUAGCGGCAUCAGUAGACAACUGUCCCCUCUGCCUGUCACUGAAGAUUCUUCUGCUCCUAUCCUUGAACUUCAGAGCCGAGGGUCCUCUGGAGUUUGCGGACAUAGAGCUGAGAGGCCCAACAGAUCAGGGGAUGACGGGACACAGACCCACACUGAGAACAGCAGCCCAGAAAACAGAAUCAAAGCUCGCUGCCUGUCCUGCACGUCCGUGGUUCUCAAGGCCAUCUGGGGACUCUUGAUCAUCUUGUCAGUGUCAUCGUCUUGGGUUGGAACCACACAAAUUGUAAAAAUUACUUAUAAGAACUUCUACUGUCCAUUUUUCAUGACGUGGUUUUCAACAAACUGGAACAUUAUGUUUUUCCCAGUCUAUUAUUCGGGUCAUCUUGCCACUGCUCAAGAAAAGCAAUCUCCAAUGAAAAAAUUCAGGGAAUGUAGCCGGAUUUUUGGUGAAGAUGGUCUGACAUUGAAGCUCUUUCUUAAAAGAACUGCUCCCUUUUCUAUUCUAUGGACUUUGACAAAUUACCUAUAUUUGCUGGCGUUAAAGAAGCUGACGGCCACCGACGUCUCUGCUCUGUUCUGUUGUAACAAAGCCUUUGUCUUCUUGCUGUCGUGGAUUGUCCUGAAAGACAGGUUCAUGGGAGUGAGGAUAGUUGCCGCAAUAAUGGCUAUUACUGGCAUCGUCAUGAUGGCCUACGCAGAUAAUUUUCAUGCUGACUCCAUCCUAGGUGUGGCAUUUGCAGUGGGGUCAGCUUCUACGUCUGCAUUGUAUAAGGUCCUGUUUAAGAUGUUUCUUGGAAGUGCCAACUUUGGCGAAGCUGCACACUUCAUCUCCACCUUGGGCUUCUUCAAUCUGAUCUUCAUAUCCUUCGCCCCCGUCAUCCUGUAUUUCACCAAGGUGGAGCACUGGUCGUCCUUCGCAGCUCUGCCCUGGGGUUGCCUCUGUGGGAUGGCCGGGCUGUGGUUGGCCUUCAACAUCCUGGUGAAUGUGGGCGUGGUGCUGACUUACCCGAUCCUCAUCUCCAUCGGCACAGUGCUCAGCGUGCCUGGAAAUGCAGCUGUGGACCUCCUGAAGCAGGAAGUGAUAUUCAAUGUCGUGCGCCUGGCUGCCACCGUCAUUAUCUGCAUUGGGUUCCUGCUGAUGCUGCUGCCUGAGGAGUGGGAUGAAAUUACCUUGAGAUUCAUCAACAGCCUGAAGGAGAAGAAGAGUGAGGAGCAUGCGGAGGACCUGACUGACACCAGUGUACACCUGCGGAGCAGGAGCAGGGCCAAUGGGACAGUGUCCAUCCCACUGGCUUAAGGACGGGCACAUUUUGAUGCACGUGUAUGUAUAUUCUGUGAAUAUAAAAUUUUCUCACUACUUGUACACUCCAAUGACAAUAUCAACUCUGAAUUUGGAUAAAUCAUAUGUAAAAUAAU